AGCAUCGCCACUCGGGACGGAGCGGGCUCUACGGCCGAUGAUAGCAAAUCGCAGCAAGGUAAGUGACGGACUGACUGGUGAGUCAGUCAGUGUGAUUGGUUGAUGGUCAUGAGUGAAACUGUCGUAUGUCUGUUGGCUCUGCGCUGCGUUCCGUUGCUCUCUCUAUGUGCAGGUCUGUCAGUGGCCGAGCCGUGUGGCGAAGGAUUCGUUAUCCGAGAAAAGCUCGCGUUUCUCGACGAAAGGAGACGGGAGACGGUCCUCUGUGAUUAUUUCUUCACAUCUAUAAGGACGCCUCUCAUUUGGCAUUCGUUCAAUCCUCCUGCGCAUCGCUUUCAGCUCGCAGCAAACGGCUGACCGUUGAGGAGUGAGAGAGAGCAAACAGCAGCGACAUACUGUCAGCGUCCUUCGCCUAUGUCUACAGCACAGCAGCAGCAGCAGCGCGACAGCAAGAGCCCGUCGGCACGGAUCAGGUUCAGCCGUCCCCUGGCCAGCCGUGCCAUUUCACGACAGCGACGCCAACAGCACACCAAGACCAUGACCCACCCCGUCGGCAUGGAUCACCGGCAGACCUCCCCUGCCCAGCCGUGCCACAAACAAGACCAAGACCACCGCCAGUGCCACCACACACACCAACGGCGGCCACGACGACUGGGCUUCGUCUGCUGACCACCGCGGCAGAGUGCCGUGCGGGAGAGGGCCGUAGAGACCGUGGCUGAGGAGCCGGAUGAGGUGUGCGCCGACGUGGGCGAGGAGGAGCCGAGCAUCCUCCCCCUGCCGCACCUCAGCAACACGGCCGCCGCCCGCCUCCCCGACCACCGCGGCGCAAGCGAGGCCGGCAGCAGCCGAGAGGCCGCGGGAGCACCAAGCCCGCCAGUAAAGAGGGAGGGAGAGGGUGAGGGUGAGUGGGAGGAGGGCGAUGAGUGGCUGGCCGAUGUGGGCGAGGAGGAGACACCCAUCAGCCACCCUCUUUGCAGCAGCAGCACGUUUAGCAUCGCCACUCGGGACGGAGCGGGCUCUACGGCCAAUAAGAGCAAAUCGCAGCAAGGUAAGUGACGGACUGACUGGUCAGUCAGUCAGUGUGAUUGGUUGAUGGUCAUGAGUGAAACUGUCGUAUGUCUGUUGGUUGGCUCUGCGUUGCCUUGCGUUGCUCUCUCUCUGUGCAGGUCUGUCAGUGGCCGAGCCGUGUGACGAGGGACCCCCUCCCGCCCCUAUCCUCGCACCUGCACCACCCGCCAUCCUGCGCCUGAAGAGCGGUGCCGAAGUAGAGCUCCGAGUCAAGCUCGGCGAGGGCACACGCGGCAAGGUGAUGGCCGGCGUGGUCAACGAAUGAUGGAUGGCCUUCAAGAUGGCAAUUAG